AAGUCCGACUUCCCCAAAAAAAGCCGAAAAACCUAUCUCCUGCCACCUUCAAGAAGAGCGGAAAGGAGAUCUAUGGCGGCGCAGAGCCAUUCGAGAUGGUCGCUUUCCGGCAUGACCGCCAUUGUCACCGGUGGCACCCGUGGAAUUGGGUACUCCUCUUUUUGCCCCGUCUUUUUAUCUUCUCUUCUCACGGCGCUUCAAAUCUUUAUUGCAUAUAAACUGUUUGUGAUAAUGUCCACUAGAUACGCAACUGUUGAGGAGCUUUCUGCAAUGGGUGCAGCUGUGUACACUUGUUCGAGAAACGAAGAGGAGCUCAAUAAGCGGUUGAAGGAAUGGGAAUCUAAGGGGUUCAAAGUUUGUGGAUCCGUCUGCGACGCGUCUUCUAGAGAGCAGAGAGUGCAGCUCAUGGAGAAAGUGUCCUCUGUUUUCGAUGGCAAGCUCAACAUUCUUAUAAAUAAUGUUGGGACUAACAUAAGGAAGCCAACUGUUGAUUAUACUGCCGAGGAAUAUUCUACUCUCAUGGCUACAAACUUAGAGUCCUCUUACCAUUUGUGCCAACUCGCGCAUCCUCUUCUUAAAGCCUCUGGAAACAGCAGCAUCGUGUUCAUUUCCUCUGUUGCUGGUUUGGUUCACUUGUUUUCUGGAUCUAUUUAUGGAUCCACUAAAGGAGCAAUUAAUCAGCUUACCAAAAAUUUAGCUUGUGAGUGGGCAAAAGAUAACAUUAGGGUGAACAGUGUUGCCCCCUGGUACAUCAAAACCUCUCUUGUGAAAUCUUUACUCGAAAACAAAGAAUUUUUGGACCGUGUAAUAUCUAGAACUCCUCUCAAGCGUCCUGGAGAGCCCGAAGAAGUCUCAUCGAUGGUUGCUUUUCUUUGUCUUCCAGCUGCUUCUUAUAUUACGGGUCAGAUUGUAUGUGUGGAUGGAGGAAUGACUGUGAAUGCGUUCCCUCUCGACAUCUAAAUUUGAGUCUGUUGUUUAUGAGGCCGUCAGUACGAAUAAGAGUGACCGCAGUUGUAUAAAGCUUUAAGUGCUGCACUAUUUCUUUGCUUUCCAUUGUUGUACAUUUUCCUUGCUUUUCAAUGUUCAAACCAAUUUGGCUUGCAAAUUUGAUUGCCUGAGAUUCCUUCUCAUUAUGUGGAGAAUGAGAUGAUGUAUUAUUGGGGUCCGGGGUGGAUAAAACCAACCCCGCAUAUUUUUUAGAUUCUUUUAAAAAUAAGUUUUGGAAAUAUAAUUUGAAAAAUAGAAAGAGUUUACAUGUGGG